GCGUCGUCUGAGGUAAACAUUUGGUGAGGAUUUUGACGGCGCUGUUUUAUGGACAGUUUUAGACAGGUUUUGGGGACAUUUGUCCCGUUGACUGUUGACAGUCAUACACCACAACCACCACCCUGCGCACCAGAAGGCCUAUAAGCUUAACUUCAGCCUGCACAAUGACUUCGAGAAGGUCACUCCAGAAGAAACGGGCACAAUAUCAGAGCAAUCUUCGUUCAAAAGGCAACAUGUCAUCCAGCCACGCUACUCGAUCAACAACGACAAGCACAGAUGCUGCCCUCAACGCACUGAUGAUGCAGGAUUACGACAAGCCAGAGGAGUGUACAGUCUGUUGUGACAAUUAUGACGAAGCCCUCAGACGCCCGCGCACUUUGCCUUGUGGUCAUACAUUCUGCUCUCAAUGUAUAGAGACUACGUUCAAGAAUAAUGAGCUUGUCUGCCCCAGCUGCCGCACCGAGCACAUUGUUGCAUCUACUUCACGGUUCCCAGUCAACUAUGGUAUGGAAGCAUUUAUUCGGAAACUGGGAUGUAAUGCCACGUCGGAAAGCAGCUCUUCAGCAAAACGUAAACAAGACGGCGCAAGAGGCAUCAGCAAGAAGUUACGAUCCUUGGCACAGGAGCAGAAGAGCAGCAUCAGCAGCCUCAUUAGUAACUGUGAAGAGGUACUCAGCCAGAUGGGGGAGUAUCGCGGUCAGCUGAGAGACUGGAAGACUCAACACCAUCAGCUCCAGGACAAGCUUGAUGAUUUGGCAGAGCAGAACAAGGCGGCAAUAGAACUCCUGGAGAGGGAGGAUACCAGUGUGGUGGAUAUGGCCACACAAGUAGAAGAAGGAAAGAAACAGCUAGAAACCAUGUUGGGGAACUUUGACACAGUCAACACUAAACACGUUGUCGUCACCACGGAAGAGGUGGAAGACUGGCUCCAGAAGUGCCAGGAUGUCUUCCCAGAUGUCAACACUGUCCACACCUCAGUCAAGGUGCAGGAGACCAUCAGAGAAGCCAUGUUGACCACAGAAGCAGCCAUCAUACUUGACCCCAUCUCCCUGGAAGAAUUAGGCUCCAGCAUUAUGGAAAAAGUUGGGAAAAUUGCAGGAGAAAUAUCUCCAGAGAUGUUAACUGUUGAGCACCUACGCAGGAUGACUGAGCCCGCCAAGAGACUGUUGGAGGCUGGUCGGGUGUUGGCUGUCCAACAAGAUGAAGAUGAUCUCCGCUCGGCCAGGAUAACUUUACAAGAUGGGCAGCUGUAUCUUCACCCACUCCUGCGCCAGCCCCUGCCUGCCCAUUCCCGCACACUCCAGCACAGUGAUAUUCUUGGCAUGCUGGACCCCACCUUCACCCUGGUGUUCCUAGACCUCGGGUGGGGGUCAACCAGGGGUCGGGUCACCAUCCGGCUUGCUCCAGACACGGGACUGGCUAGACAGUUUGUGUUGUUGUGCACCGGUCAGCACACUCACACCUACGCUGGAACCAAACUACUUAGGGUGGGGGGCAAGGGUCAACAGGGGGAGUGCGUCGUGGGCGGGGACUAUGAACGUGACGAUGGUCGUGGGGGAGCUUCACUCCUGCCGGACCUUCAAGGGGACUACCGCAGGGGAGGCUUUGCUGGGACCGUGUGGUCACCUUGCUGGUGGCCCGAGGGCCCAGAGGAUCACCGGAGUGCCCAGUUUGGCAUCAGCACCAGGGACCGUACGGAUGGUCAGCGGUGGCCAGGGGUCUUCGGUAAUGUAGAAAAUGGCCUGGAUGUGGUGAGGGCAGCGACCAACCACAGUGACAUCAAGGAGGUCACUAUUGUGGAUUGUGGUAUUGUUCUUCCGGUCUAGUUU